GACGAAAAGUACAUUAGCUUCUAUCCUCAUUCCGGCUUCCACAAUCAGCGAAUUGCUUUGGUGAACGCGCUCAUGCUCGCCGAACGGCUGAAUCGGACUCUGCUGUUACCACCUGUGGUCUUGGGUGAGCCAAUUCACUGGCGCAAGUACGAUUCGCUCGAGUCAUUCCAUCGACGCAUGACCAAAGCUCAUCUCGACUCGUGUCGAGAGUAUAUUGAAAUGCCGGAGAAUGCCCCGGAAAAGUGCCUUGCAUCGUUUCGUUACACAUCGCUGAGGUGGGACAGACUGUUUGAUAUGUCGGCCAUCAAGCAACGUGUUAGGAUUCGCUACCGCGACGACUAUCAUCGGACAUAUCUGCAGCGCAAGUACAAUAUUACGACGCAGGGCACAUACCAUGUCAAGGACACGCUGCUUUACGACUAUCGCAUCGCAGAUCAGUCUGGGCAGCCACUGCAGAAAUACCAGCGCGAGCUGUUCCUGCGGGAUUUACAGGAGGUACCAGAACGACACAUUAGCUUUGGCUCCCUUUUCGGCACAGGGCGCGUGAUGUAUUCCACGCCCGAAAGCCAGGAACUGCGGGAUUUCCUGUUCAAACAGUUCGUCUUUUCCCGCAAGGCGUUGCCUGAUCUGUUUGAUGAGGCCGAAGCUAUCAUCCGCCGGAUAGGCGGUUCCGGUACCUACGUCUCGAUGCAUGCUCGUGUCGGUGAUAGCAUCUUUGAACGCUUCUCGGGCGAUGUUAUGGGCAAGCUGUGGAGGGAUCUUCAGAAAUACGCGCCGCUUGUGCAACAACCGCGCACAGAAGGUUGCUUGGCACCACCCCCUUCGUCUCCAGCCUCUACUUCUUCUUCAACAACAAACAACAACGCUAUCAAUUGGGACUCCCAGACAACCUCGCGACCGCUGGUGGUGUUCAUGGCAACAGAUUCGUCGGAUCCACACAAUGACCCGCUGUUUGAGCAAAUCUUCCAGCUGUUCCCUUGCAUCGUCACACUCAACGACAUGUUUGACUUCAAGUCGAGCAAGCUGUCCACGAUGGUCAAUCCGGAAGACGGUGUCCAUUAUGGCAACUUCCUCGUGCCGUUCCUUGAUGGUCUGAUUGCGAGCCACGCCCAGGAGUUCACCGGAUCCAUGUGGAGCACUUUUAGCUCCUAUAUCAAG